AUGUUUGUUGCACGAUUUGCCGCACUUCAUCAAAAAUUGAUUGAAAAACAGCCUACUUUGCAAGAAUCAGAUGCGAAGGUUAAGCGAAAGUUCGUGGAACAUGAAAAAGCAGUUCCUGAAAUUUUCAAGAGGCUGGCAACAUCGAAAAAACCAGAGUCGAAAGUAAUAAUAAAAGCGCGAAGUCCUGGAUACAGAUUCAAAAAUGUCGGUGAAGACCCAUUAAAAAUAAAUUAUUCAUUUCCGAAACUUGAUAGAAUAAAAAAUGCUCCUGUAGAUUUGCAAAAUUGUACCAAAGUUAGUUCGCAAACUCGAGUUAUGAGGGAAAGACGAAUUGGUGUGAAAGAACUUUCCAAAAAGUUUAUUACCAAACAAGUCCGACGAUCUCCAAGGUUUGUCAAAUUAGUUGAAGCUAAGUCUGCUGUUACGCCUCAGCUAACUGCGCGACUGAAAAGACUGGCUACACCUAAGGGGAAAACUCCAGAGGUUUCGCUGACGGAAAGUGAAAAAAAAGCAUUGGUUAAGUGUGGACGUCGAUAUUUGCCACGUCGUGGUCGAGUUUUGCCAUACGUAGACACUACAGCAAUGACCGAUAACCAAUUUUAUGAGGCCAAAAGGCGUGGCGAUAUUCAAUCAUUUACUGCGGUCACUAGAAAUCAGAAACGCCAGGAAAUGCUUGUCAAACGCAAAGAAGCUCGUGACCAAAUCUUCAGAUCUAAACGAAAUUAUUAA